ACUUUCUUUCUACCUAGAUCUCGUUUCAAUUCCAAAAGCAGCAGCAGCCAUCGCCGAACGGAGAUACCGGCGAUCCCUCGUUUCACCGGUGGUGUCCGAACGCAUUAAAUCUUAUCAAUUCAUUUUUUUUAAUCUUUUGAUGAUAUCCUUGAGCUUUUUCUAGUGACUGGAAACAUGUGGACAAAACUCGUGUCGUGCCUGCGUGUUUUUUUUAAUGAGUCUUUUGACUUUUCAAAUAUACUCUCUUUCCGAUUUGUGCCCAAGUUUUUGGAUUUCCAUUGAUAAUAAUGGAAGUUCGGGUCUUGAUUUGUGUAUCCUGGUUGUUUCGUGGAGUGUGCUUUUCCAUCUAGAUUCUCCUUUCUUUGAUUCACGGUUUUAUUUCAGAUUCAUAUUUGUAUGCGGGGGGAGCUUUCUAGUGAAAAUUGUACUUAAAUUGGACUACCUCUUCGCUUCAAAUAUGAAGCUGUUCUAAUUCUUUGACUAUCAAAUCUUUUUGUUUUGGUGAGCAAAAGAAUUCACUAAUGCUUCAAGAGUGAACGGAUGCUAGGUUAAGAUGGUGGCGGUGCCAAAGCAAGUUGCUGGGAACAGCAUGUUGGGGAAUUCCAGUAUUUGGGGGGAUGUAAAAUGUAAUAGUUACUUGCUUUUCCAUGGCGAAACUGCGCUUAGGAAUGGUUUACGAGCCUUCUUAUACUUUCUCGGACUUGCUUAUUGCUUCAUUGGGUUAUCUGCUAUAACUGCCCGUUUCUUCCGAUCCAUGGAGAAUAUUGUGAAACACUCACGUACUGUUGUAGAGGUAGAUCCUCACACUAAUACUGAAAUUAUUAAACAAGAAAAGGUUUGGAAUUAUGCUACUGCAGACAUUACUUUGCUUGCCUUUGGGACUAGCUUCCCUCAAAUAUCUUUAGCAACUAUUGAUGCCAUUCGAAACAUUGGGAGCCUCUAUGCCGGAGGUUUGGGUCCUGGAACUCUUCUGGGUUCAGCUGCAUUCGACCUUUUCCCUAUCCAUGCUGUUUGUGUUGUAGUUCCAAAAGCUGGAGAGUUGAAAAAAAUAUCUGAUAUAGGUGUUUGGCUGGUGGAGCUCUUUUGGUCCUUUUGGGCUUAUGCUUGGCUGUACAUAAUUUUAGAGGUGUGGACACCAAAGGUUGUUACAAUUUGGGAGGCCUUAUUGACAGUCUUGAUGUAUGGACUACUGCUCAUUCAUGCAUACGCUCAAGACAAACGCUGGCCUUAUAUAUCUCUGCCCUUAACGAGAGGUGAGAGGCCUGAGGACUGGGUGCCAGCAGAGGUUGCCUCAGUUAGCUGUGAGGACGAUGUCUAUGGUGGGUACACUGAGAUACUUGCAGUUGAAGAAGACAAAAAUGAGGAAAUUGUUGAUAUUUUGUCCUUUCAUUCAGAAAAACGAGAACACUCUAUUUAUCGAAAGGUGCCUGCAGCGGAAGAUUCAGUUGAAUCCUCUAACAGACCCUUUCAGAAGGAGAUCAAUUUAGAAGAUCUUCAUGUGCUUCAACUCUGGAAAAAACAGUUCAUGGAUGCACUUACAUUGGAAAGCCAAUCUAGGAAAUUAAACAAUGCGCAUCUUCGGGUGGCAAGAAUACUUUGGCAGUCACUACUUGCACCAUGGAGACUACUGUUUGCCUUUGUACCUCCUUAUCAAAUUGCCCAUGGAUGGAUUGCCUUCAUUUGCUCUCUACUUUUCAUCAGUGGGAUAGCUUACAUUGUUACAGAGCUGACUGAUAUUAUAAGCUGCGUCACAGGGAUAAAUGCUUAUGUCAUAGCAUUUACAGCAUUAGCUGCUGGAACAUCAUGGCCAGAUUUAGUGGCAAGUAAGAUUGCUGCUGAACGUCAGUUAACAGCUGACUCUGCUAUUGCAAAUAUUACUUGUAGUAACUCGGUGAACAUUUACGUAGGCAUCGGCAUCCCAUGGCUGAUAAAUACUGCAUACAAUUUCAUUACAUAUGGAGAACCAUUGAGGAUAGAAAAUGCGGAGGGACUGGGGUUCACUUUGAUGGUGUUCUUCUCAACUUCCGUGGGUUGCAUUUCGGUUUUGGUGGUUAGGCGUCUGAUACUGGGCGCAGAGCUUGGAGGUCCUAGGUUUUGGGCCUGGGUUACUAGUGUUUUCUUUAUGUUGCUUUGGCUUAUAUUUGUGGUGCUAUCUUCCCUUAGAGUUUCUGGCGUCAUAUAAUAUGACAUUUAUUUAUAUAUACUUGAUUUAGUUUUUCCCUCUACUUAGGUCCUUUUAGCAUGAUUUUUUUUUUUUGGUUUUGGCCCCAAUUAUUUGCAUUUUUAUAGAUUGGUUUUGCCCCUACUCAUACAGCUAUUUGCUUUGUAUUCCCAUGUCCAUUUCAUGGAGAUCCAUGGGUGCUUUCUCAAUAAUAUUGUCUCCAGGAUGAACUCAGACCCUAUAAUAGUUUUUUCAUUUUUAAA